AUGAGUACGACCUGGCGUGAAAACUAUUCCUUCCCGCGGAUUUUCAAGGUCGUCGGGGCGCACCGGACCCCGCAAAGGGUGAUAGGCCGUCAAGAAGAAAAGAGAACUCUUCCCAGGACCCCCGCCGACGUCUCCGCGUUCAGUUACGUUGCCGUGGAGAAUCCACAUCCAGGUGCCGGAAUAUUAACCGGCUUCCCUUUCGGCACACGGCGCACGAGGGCGCCUUUCAAACGGAACUUCCCUAUGCCUUAG